AAGAUUCUACAAAACUUUUUGAUUUAUUUGGUUAUUCCUUUAAAUCAAAACAUUCACAAUUUCUUUGUACAUUUGUAUUUAUAAAUAUGUCAUCAAACGAUAAGAACACUGCUCCGGCAGUUAAAGACGACAGUGACCUCAACGAACUUUUGGAUGAUGCAUUAAAAGACUUUGAAAAGACAGAACCAACAACAAAAUCAUCAAAAGCAGAUAGUACAACCGCUGAAAAUGAUGACCAAAAUGCAUUUUUCAUGGAACAAGCUAGAUUGUUCAGCGAACGAAUGAGUACUCUUGUUGGCCAACCGGAGGCCGGAGAAGAGCAACUCAAUGAACAAAUGUUGGCUGGUUUUAAAAAAAUCGCCGAAGCAACUGCGAUCGCUAUUCAAGGUGAGAGCACAGCUAACGACGAUGAAGUCAAGAAAUACUCUGAUAGUAUAUCGGAAGCUCUUAAGGGUAUGAAUGAAGCCUCUGGAACACUUCAGACGGGUCUUUCGGAAACAGACGUAGCUAAACUAUUUUCAGGACUUGGUUUGGAAGAGGGUGCUGAACCUGAUGAGAAUCCUUUCCUACCAUUCAUGGAAGGUAUGAUGCAGAGUUUACUCUCAGCUGAAAUCCUGUUACCCGGAAUCAAGGAUUUACUAGAAAAAUACCCGAAAUAUCUAGAAGAAAAUGCUGAUAAGAUCAGUCCCAGCGAUAGGGAAAGAUACGAAAAACAACUAGAUCUCUACAAGGUAAUUUGCAAUCGUCUAGAAUCGGAAAAUCCCAAUGAAACACCAAAGGAAAAACGUGAAAAUUACAAACUUGUGAUGGAAGAUAUGCGCAAACUUCAAGAAUACGGUCAACCACCAGAGGAAAUUGUUGGUGAAUUGGCUGAUAUGUCUGCAAUAGAUCCUGCUGCGGCAGCCAACCCACAAUGUCCAAUGAUGUAAAAGUAUUUAUAAAUAAUAAUAACUGAAACGGAGCAUGUUAUUUUUCUUAUGUGUAUAAUUUUUUUUUUUAUUCUUUGUUUCUCAAAGAAUUUGUAAUAUUUUAGUAUCGAUUUUAUAAAACAACGGUGGUUGAUAAAUAAAGCAAGCCAAAAUGAAUCAUUUAAAUUA